UUUUUUUUUUUUUUUAGUUUUAUUUUUUCCUUGCAGGGCAGGAGCAUGUUGGUCUCAAUGCAGCUCCCCUUCCCUCCUCUCCGCUGAUCCAGUCGUGGUGGGGCGAUGAUGGAUACUUGCCUGCUUGUUCUCACUUCCCACAAAAGUAAGCCCGCUGUCAAUGGAGGAGGACAUUGAUACCCGCAAGAUAAACAACAGUUUCCUGCGCGAUCACAGCUAUGCAACAGAAGCUGACAUUAUCUCUACAGUAGAAUUCAACCACACAGGAGAAUUACUAGCGACAGGGGACAAGGGGGGUCGCGUUGUAAUAUUUCAGCGUGAGCAGGAGAGCAAAAAUCAGCCCCAUCGCAGGGGAGAAUAUAAUGUUUACAGCACAUUCCAGAGCCAUGAACCUGAGUUCGAUUACCUGAAGAGCUUAGAGAUAGAAGAGAAGAUCAAUAAAAUACGAUGGCUCCCACAGCAAAACGCAGCCUACUUCCUUCUCUCCACCAAUGAUAAAACUGUGAAACUAUGGAAAGUCAGUGAACGAGACAAAAGACCAGAGGGCUACAAUCUCAAAGAUGAAGAUGGACGGCUCCGAGACCCCUCCACAAUUACCACACUACGGGUACCUGUGCUAAGGCCCAUGGAUUUAAUGGUGGAGGCAACUCCCAGGAGAGUGUUCGCAAAUGCACACACAUAUCACAUCAACUCCAUAUCUGUGAACAGUGACUAUGAAACCUACAUGUCCGCAGAUGAUUUGAGGAUAAACUUAUGGAACUUUGAAAUAACCAAUCAAAGUUUUAAUAUUGUAGAUAUAAAACCAGCAAACAUGGAGGAGCUGACCGAAGUAAUUACAGCCGCAGAGUUCCAUCCGCAUCACUGCAACACUUUUGUCUACAGCAGCAGCAAGGGGACAAUAAGGCUGUGCGACAUGCGAGCAUCUGCCCUGUGUGACAGGCACUCCAAAUUUUUUGAAGAACCCGAAGACCCAAGUAACAGGUCAUUUUUUUCUGAGAUCAUCUCUUCAAUUUCUGAUGUGAAGUUCAGUCACAGUGGAAGGUACAUCAUGACCAGGGACUAUCUCACCGUCAAGGUGUGGGACCUGAGCAUGGAGAACAGGCCUAUUGAGACAUACCAGGUUCAUGAUUACCUCCGCAGCAAGCUGUGCUCCCUCUAUGAGAACGACUGCAUUUUUGAUAAAUUUGAAUGUGUAUGGAAUGGGUCGGACAGUGUCAUCAUGACUGGCUCCUACAACAAUUUCUUCAGAAUGUUUGAUCGGAACACCAAGCGUGAUGUGACCCUGGAGGCAUCAAGGGAAAACAGCAAACCACGUGCCAUCCUGAAGCCUCGCAAAGUUUGUGUGGGAGGCAAACGGAGAAAAGAUGAAAUUAGCGUGGACAGUCUGGACUUUAGCAAAAAGAUCCUGCAUACAGCUUGGCAUCCCUCAGAAAAUAUCAUAGCAGUGGCAGCAACAAAUAACCUGUAUAUAUUUCAGGACAAGGUUAACUAGGAGGGGAAAAAUGAUAUUCCUUAGGAAUCUUAUGUACUGAAUACUAGCAAACACAAGUUUUAAAGUGUUUCUUCUGUUUUCUCCUCCUCCUCCCUCCUCCUCCUCUUCCUCGUCUUCUUCUUUGUUUGUUUCAUUAAUCCUCUGCAGACAUUAUUGAUGUAGAGGCAAGCACUCAGAUUCCAAUAUCUAUUGCUUUUCCCCAAAUCUUAAGAAAUUGGGUUAGUAAAGCCCUAUUAGAAACAUUUGACUUCUAAGUAUUGAGAGCUAUCAAGUUACACCAUUAAUUCAACAGCGAGCU